AUACGGUGGGCAUUGUCGAAAGAAAUAAUACACGGGGUGGGCAAAUGUAGUACUCCUAUUCGAUUAAGCCAAGAAAAAAAUGUAGAAUUUGAUUAGACAAUUGCCAUGGUAGCGAGCCCCCUAUAAAUAUUCCCUCUCCCUUUUGCGGCAACUCUGCGCUUAAUCGUUUGUUGGAGUUCGAUCUCUCAGCUCCAGCCAUGGCAGAGAAGGGAGAGAAGGUAUCUACGUUGAUCAUUGAAUCCAACCUGGAAUGCGAGAAAUGUUACAGGAAGAUUCAGAAAGUUCUAUGCAAACUCCAAGAGAAGGAGAAGAUCAGGACCAUCAAUUUCGAGACGAAGAAUAACACGGUGACAAUCUCCGGACCAUUCGAUCCGGUGAAGCUGUCGCGGAAGCUGAGAUGCAAGGCCUGCGAGGCGAUCAAGGACAUCAAGAUCGUACAAGAGAAGAAGCCUGAGCCAAAGAAGGACGAGAAGAUCAAGCCUGAGCCAAAGAAGGAAGAGAAGAAGCCUGAGCCAAAGAAGGACUGCUGUAAGUGCUGCACGAAACCCGACGAGAAGAAGCCUGAGGAGAAGAAGCCGGAGGAGAAGAAACCGGAGAAGCCUAAGCCAAAGGAGGACCCCAAACCGGCGGCCGCACCGGCGCCAUCGUCCACGACUGUGAACCUGCAGUUCACGCAGAUCUGCAACCUGUGCUACCCGUGGCCGUGCAGCGACCCGAGCCACUGGGGCGGCAUCCAUCAGCACCCGCAGCCGCAGCCGCAGCCCCAGCCCAAGCAGCCGCCGCCGCAACCGCAGUGGCCGUGCGACCCGCCGACGAUGCCGGCGCUCGGCCACCACCACCCGUGCCCGCCCUGGGCGCCGGCGACACCGAAGAGGCAGCCGUGCGGAGGCCCGUCGUACUGCGGGGGGUGCGGCUCGUGCGGCGGUGGAUAUAAUGGAUGGCCGCCGGCGAUGCCGACGCCACUGCAGAUGAUGCAGCCGCCGCCGAUGAUGGGCUGCGGGGGGCCGGCAUCGUCCUGCAGAGGGUGCAAAGGUUGCCGGAUCGUGCAGGAGGGGAGGUUCAUCUACGAGGAGUACCCGCCGAAUUCGUGCACCGUCAUGUGACUCUAAAACUGCAUGACAACCGUGUGCAUGCAUUCAUAUGGUUGUUUGACCUCUCUGCAUGUUAUUUUUCUUGGCAAUUAUUAGUGCUUGAUGUUCGAUGUAUCCUUUAUGUUUUUUUACGUGUAUCUUUUUUUUGUAUAACAAUUGUUUAGUUGCUCACCAAGUGUACCACAUGAUUUUUGACGUGUAUCCUUUAUGUUUACUUAUGCACAGCACUCAAUUUCAAGUCCAUUUUUGUGGGAAAGAAGGUGU